GGUCACACACACUCCAGAGUGGAAGGGGAGGCAGCUGUUCGCCCAGGCAGCCGUGAGGGGCAGCAGAGGGGACAGCGACAGACUUACACCCUCCCCUGCCAUCCCGCUCCGGACUUCGGCUCCGGCUCCGAUUGCAGUUUGCAACCUCCUCCUCCGCCGCCGCCACCAAUUCGCUGGCGGCUCAGGUGGCUGUCGCUUCGAUGUCCUAGUCCAGGGACCCCCGGGCCGGACUCGGCUGGGCCCUCUUCGCUCUCCGCUGGAGUCAUGAAGGCAAAUCGGGCUCUGCAGGUGCUGGGUUUCCUUCUCAGCCUGGCCCGGGGCUCCGAGGUGGGCAACUCGCAGGCAGUGUGUCCCGGGACCCUGAAUGGGCUGAGUGUGACUGGUGAUGCUGAGAACCAAUACCAGACACUACACAAGCUCUACGAGCGAUGUGAGGUGGUGAUGGGGAACCUUGAGAUUGUGCUCACAGGACACAAUGCUGACCUCAGCUUCUUACAGUGGAUCCGAGAGGUGACAGGCUAUGUCCUUGUGGCCAUGAAUGAAUUUUCUACUCUACCAUUGCCCAACCUCCGAGUGGUGAGAGGGACCCAGGUCUAUGAUGGGAAGUUCGCCAUCUUCGUCAUGUUGAACUACAACACCAACUCUAGCCACGCUCUGCGCCAGCUCCGCUUCACUCAGCUCACCGAGAUUCUGUCAGGGGGCGUUUAUAUUGAGAAGAAUGAUAAGCUUUGCCACAUGGACACAAUUAACUGGAGGGACAUCGUGAGAGACCGAGAUGCUGAGAUAGUGGUGAAGGACAAUGGCAGAAACUGUCUCCCCUGUCAUGAGGUCUGCAAAGGGCGAUGUUGGGGUCCUGGACCAGAAGACUGCCAGACAUUAACCAAGACCAUCUGUGCCCCUCAAUGUAAUGGCCACUGCUUUGGGCCCAACCCCAACCAGUGCUGUCAUGAUGAGUGUGCAGGGGGCUGCUCAGGCCCUCAGGACACUGACUGCUUUGCCUGCCGACACUUCAAUGACAGUGGAGCCUGUGUGCCCCGGUGCCCACAGCCCCUUGUGUACAACAAGCUAACUUUCCAGCUGGAACCCAAUCCUCACACCAAGUACCAGUAUGGAGGAGUUUGUGUAGCCAGUUGUCCUCAUAACUUUGUGGUGGAUCAGACCUCCUGUGUCAGAGCAUGUCCUCCUGACAAGAUGGAAGUAGAUAAAAAUGGGCUGAAGAUAUGUGAGCCUUGUGGUGGGCUAUGCCCUAAGGCCUGUGAGGGGACAGGCUCUGGGAGCCGCUUCCAGACUGUGGACUCCAGCAACAUCGAUGGGUUUGUGAAUUGCACCAAGAUCCUGGGCAACCUGGACUUUCUUAUCACUGGCCUCAAUGGAGAUCCCUGGCACAAGAUCCCUGCACUGGACCCUGAGAAGCUCAAUGUCUUCCGGACAGUACGAGAGAUCACAGGUUACCUGAACAUCCAGUCUUGGCCUCCUCACAUGCAUAACUUCAGUGUUUUUUCCAACCUGACAACCAUUGGAGGCAGAAGCCUUUACAACCGGGGCUUCUCAUUAUUGAUUAUGAAGAACUUGAAUGUCACAUCUCUGGGCCUGCGAUCCCUAAAGGAAAUUAGUGCUGGGCGUAUCUACAUAAGUGCCAAUCGGCAGCUCUGCUACCAUCACUCUCUGAACUGGACCAGGCUGCUUCGGGGGCCUGCAGAAGAAAGACUAGACAUCAAGCAUAAUCGGCCCCGCAGAGACUGUGUGGCAGAGGGCAAAGUGUGUGACCCACUGUGCUCCUCUGGAGGAUGCUGGGGCCCAGGCCCUGGUCAAUGCUUAUCCUGUCGAAACUACAGCCGAGGGGGUGUCUGUGUGACCCACUGCAACUUUCUAAAUGGGGAGCCUCGUGAGUUUGCCCAGGAGGCUGAAUGCUUCUCCUGCCACCCGGAAUGCCAACCCAUGGAGGGCAUUGCCACAUGCAAUGGCUCGGGCUCUGAUGCUUGUGCCCAGUGUGCCCAUUUUCGAGAUGGGCCCCACUGUGUGAGCAGCUGCCCUCAUGGAGUCCUAGGUGCUAAGGGCCCCAUCUACAAAUACCCGGAUGUUCAGAAUGAAUGUCGGCCCUGCCAUGAGAACUGCACCCAGGGGUGUAAGGGACCAGAGCUAAAAGAUUGUUUAGGCCAAACACUGGUGCUGAUCAGCAAAACCCAUCUGGCAAUGGCUUUGACAGUAGGAUUGGCAGUGAUUUUCCUGAUUCUGGGUGGCACUUUUUUGUAUUGGCGUGGGCGCCGGAUUCAGAAUAAAAGGGCUAUGAGACGCUAUUUGGAACGGGGUGAGAGUAUAGAGCCUCUGGAUCCCAGUGAGAAAGCUAACAAAGUCUUCGCCAGAAUCUUCAAAGAGACAGAGCUGAGGAAGCUUAAAGUACUCGGUUCAGGUGUCUUUGGAACAGUGCACAAAGGAGUAUGGAUCCCCGAAGGUGAAUCAAUCAAGAUUCCAGUUUGCAUUAAAGUCAUUGAGGACAAGAGUGGACGGCAAAGUUUCCAAGAUGUAACAGAUCAUAUGCUGGCCAUUGGCAGCCUAGACCAUGCACACAUUGUUCGGUUGCUGGGACUAUGCCCAGGGUCAUCUCUGCAACUUGUCACUCAGUACUUGCCUCUGGGUUCCCUACUGGAUCAUGUGAGACAACACCGGGGAGCACUGGGGCCACAGCUGCUACUCAACUGGGGAGUACAAAUUGCCAAGGGUAUGUACUACCUUGAGGAACAUGGUAUGGUGCACAGGAACCUGGCUGCCCGAAAUGUGUUACUCAAGUCACCCAGUCAGGUUCAAGUGGCAGAUUUUGGUGUGGCUGACCUGCUGCCACCUGAUGAUAAGCAGCUCUUACACAGUGAGGCCAAGACUCCAAUUAAGUGGAUGGCCCUUGAGAGUAUCCACUUUGGGAAAUACACACACCAGAGUGACGUCUGGAGCUAUGGUGUGACAGUUUGGGAGUUGAUGACCUUUGGGGCAGAGCCCUAUGCAGGGCUCCGACUGGCUGAAGUACCAGACCUGCUAGAGAAGGGGGAGCGGUUAGCACAGCCCCAGAUCUGCACCAUUGAUGUCUACAUGGUUAUGGUCAAGUGUUGGAUGAUUGAUGAGAAUAUUCGCCCAACCUUUAAAGAACUAGCCAAUGAGUUUACCAGGAUGGCCCGUGAUCCACCAAGGUAUCUUGUCAUAAAGAGAGAGAGUGGACCUGGAAUACCACCUGGGGCGGAGGCCCCUGCUUUGUCAAACAAGGAACUGGAGGAAGUAGAGUUGGAGCCAGAACUUGACCUAGACCUAGACUUGGAGGCAGAGGAGGACAGCCUGGCAACCACACUGGGCUCUGCCCUCAGCCUACCAGUUGGAACACUUAGUCGGCCACGUGGGAGCCAGAGCCUUUUAAGUCCAUCAUCUGGAUACAUGCCCAUGAAUCAGAGUAACCUUGGGGAGGCUUGCCAGGAUUCUACAGCUUGUGGGGGAAAUGAUUGGUGUCCCCGUCCAGUCUCUCUGCACCCAGUGCCACGAGCACGCCUGGCAUCAGAGUCAUCAGAGGGCCAUGUGACAGGAUCUGAGGUUGAGUUCACAGAGAAGGUGUCAAUGUGUAGAAGCCGGAGCAGGAGCCGGAGCCGGAGCCCACGGCCACGUGGAGAUAGCGCCUACCAUUCCCAGCGCCAUAGCCUGCUUACUCCUGUCACCCCACUCUCCCCACCAGGGGUAGAAGAAGAGGAUAUCAAUGGUUAUGUCAUGCCAGAUACACACCUCAAAGGUACUUCUUCCUCCCGGGAAGGCACUCUUUCUUCAGUGGGUCUCAGUUCUGUCCUGGGUACUGAAGAAGAAGAUGAAGAUGAGGAGUAUGAAUACAUGAACCGGAAGAGAAGGUGCAGUCCAUCUUGUCCUCCUAGGCCUGGUUCCCUUGAGGAGCUGGGUUAUGAGUACAUGGAUGUGGGAUCAGACCUUAGUGCCUCGCUGGGCAGCACACAGAGUUGCCCACUCCACCCUGUGCCCAUCAUGCCUACUGCUGGCACAACUCCAGAUGAAGACUAUGAAUAUAUGAAUCGGCGGCGUGGUGGAAGUGGUCCAGGUGGGGAAUAUGCAACCAUGGGGGCCUGUCCAGCAUCUGAACAAGGGUAUGAAGAAAUGAGAGCUUUCCAGGGACCUGGACACCAAACUCCUCAUGUUCGUUAUGCCCGCCUCAAAACUCUACGUAGCUUAGAAGCUACUGACUCCGCUUUUGAUAAUCCCGAUUAUUGGCAUAGCAGGCUUUUCCCUAAGGCUAAUGCCCAGAGAACAUAACCUCUGCUCCCUGAGACAUUCAAGGAGCAUUUGAUGGCAGCUAGUGCCUCUAGAGGGUACCCCUCUUCUCUGUACUCCCUCUCCCCUUUUCAGCCCUAUUUCUCCAGUCAUAGACAAUUCCAUUCAACCCUUUGGAGGCUUUUAAAGACUUUGACACAAAAAUUUUGUGGUAUGUACCUGGCUGUGCACUUUCUUCUCUUUCCCAACCCCAGGAAAGAAGAAGGUUUUCCUAUUUUGUGUGCUUUUCCAAUCCCAUUCCUCAGCUUCCUCAGGGGGAACACCCUGGAGAUAUGAAGGAUCACUCCCCUGGUCCCUUUCUCUCAGGCUCUUACUUAUUUGGAUUAGACUGUUAUGUGUGCUUUUACUUCCCAUCAGACUGUCCUAAGGAAAAGAUAGGGGGAAACCUGGAAGAGGAAAGUAAAUUUUUGGUUUAUGACUCUUAAGCCUCUGGAAAGACUGGGAAGCUUAAAAUUUUGUGGAAUGAAGAAACAGGAGAUACUACUAUCAAUUGAGCAUUUAUUAUGAGCCAAUCAUCAUGCUAAACUUUGCCUACAUUAUCUCACAUAAUCCUUUUGAAUCAUUACAAUUUUGUAAGGUAGAUUUUAUCUCACUUUACUUAUAUAGUAGUUCCAUCAGGUACUCUAGUGAAACUGGGAGUAGGUAGUAGCAUACCUGUAAUCCAAGUAACUCAGGAGGCUGAAGCAGGAGGAUCACAAGUUUGAGGCCAG